AUGGGCCAGAGUGGCCAUCCCCCUGCUGGCUUGGACACGCGCGGCUGGACAUGGGAGCGAUUCUCGGUCGUGAAUGUCAAGCCAUACCUGGAGCCGGGGACGGUCGUGGCCCUGCACAAUGCGGUCCACAACCGGUUCCUCAAGAUGACACAUGAAUUAUUCAUGGAACGCAGCCCAGAGAAAGGCGUGGGCGACUUGCCCAGCGACUGGGAUUUUGAGCGUUUCAAGGUUGUCGACGCCGGGAACGGCCAGAUCCGCCUCUACAACGAACGCCACAGGAAGUAUGUAUGGAUGUCGGGCUGUGAUCAUUACCACAGACUGGCAAGCCAUCAUGAGAGCCACGGACUGCACGAUGGGUUGACAAAGUUCACGGUCGUGCCUGGAAGUGAUUUGUUCGACGGGGUUAUUGCUUUGCACAACUCGGAACUCAACUGCUUCCUGCGCAUGACAGGCCAUCAGGUAGAUGCCAGCACUUGGAAAUCGAUCCAAGACCUUCCGGAUGGUUGGGAUCAGGAACGCUUUCACAUCGUGAAGGCGGGAGCGGGAAACCAGGCUAGCGAGCCGGCCGGCAAACACCUGGACGUGUCUUUGACUUACACCUCGGCCUUCCAGCACGCAGCCAUGGAAGAUGGCAGCUGCGAAAGCAAAGGCCACACAGCAGAGGCACUGGCUGCAGGCGAUGCCGUUGAUGCCGCUGCUCUUGACCCACAAUCGACCAGCGAGGAAAGAGUCUCCUACCACCUCACCAUGGUGGAUGGCAGUGAGACAGAUGUCUCUUUGAGUGCGGAAGCGACGGUCUACGAUGCCUGCGCUGCAGCAUCCGCCUGGAGGGGGUUGCAAGUCGGCCGGCUGAGGUUGGUGGCAGAUGGUCAGGUGGAACCUUUGCCUUUCUGCCGCAAGACGAAACUCUGCGACGUGACAGGCGGGCAGACAAACCUCCUCGUUGUGAUCUCGCGGGCGUAUGACUUGGGAGAAGCCACCGGGCCUUUGGCGUCCUCCUGCACCCGCUGCCAGUUUGAGCACUACCCUACCUCCUUCUAUGUUUCCAGGCAGAGUGGUGAUGCGAUAGAGAUGGAAGUCUGCGAGGGACAAAGGGUGACUUUCUCCGACCCCGGUGCCGAUCCAGGCGAACCUGCCGGAGCGAUCUUUGGCGUGUCGCAGCCGCCCUUGUGUGGUCGAAUGCUCAUGCGCAUCUUGCUCCAUCAGCGAGCUUGGGCCUUCGGAGUCGGUCUAGGAUCCGAAAAGGCCGAUCAGUCCCAGGAUCCGGAGCAUGAUCCUGGCUUCCUGGGCCUGUACCACGGCGGCAGCUCCACCAAUGUCUGUGCAUAUGCCGAGAGAGUUCAUGAAGGAGAAUGGGUUCGUGAUCGAGGCUCCAAGAAGUUCUGGACUGAAGAGACUGAGCUUGCCAUUCUGUUCAACUUUGAUGAUAAGAGAGGAUAUGGUACCAUGCAGUGCUUCGAGGGACUGGAGCCAUUCGGCACGCUGGUUCCAAUUAUCAGCGACAGCUACUGGCCGACGGUGGUUUUGUUCAUGCCCGAUGAUGCGGCAAGCAUCGCUGUAGACUUUGUUUGA